CUUUUUCAGACGGCAUCAUCGCACGUUGGCUUUCCCGACUGUUUUGCAGCGAGGUGCUCUCACUGCAGGGGGCGACGGCGAGCACCCUUUCCCUCCGAUGAGAAGGUCCCGCGGCUCUUGGAUCACCGCUCCCCGUUAAUGGGAGCCGUGGUCCUGCAGGAGGGACAGGACGGUUUGUCGCCGCACCCCUGGGGUUCCAGAGGCGUGGAGAAACCAGCCGCGGUCCCGGGGACACACGAGCCGCAGCACAGGCAGGGAGACGUCACUCCUGCGCAGUCUGUGUCCAGUCCAGACGUGUUGAUCUUUCCUGCACUGUGGGUUACACAGUCGUCUGGAAACCUGAGGAGGAGGAAGAGGGACUGGGUUAUUCCUCCUAUCAAUAUCCCAGAGAAUGACAGAGGCCCCUUCCCCAAAACAGUGGUCCAGAUCAGGUCCAGCAACGCUAAGAAGAUGGAGGUCACUUACAGCAUCACGGGACCCGGGGCUGACAGGUCGCCCGAGGGGAUCUUCACCAUCGACAGGCGGUCAGGCAUGCUGUUUGUCACCAAGCUGUUGGACAGGGAGAAGAAAGACUCAUACGUGCUCCUGGCCCACGCUGUGGCAGUUGGCAUUGGCCAAGCUGAGGAGCCCAUGGAACUCGUUAUUCGAGUGACCGAUCAAAACGACAACAAGCCUGAGUUUACCCACAAUCCUUUUCUGGGCCAUGUGACUGAAGGAGCACUGCCAGAUUCUGCAUUCAUGAAGGUCACAGCGACAGACAAGGACGAUCCCACCACAGAUAACGGUAUCGUCCGGUACAAGAUCGUGAGCCAGGAGCCGCGACUGCCGAGCCCGAGCAUGUUCUCCGUAAACGCGGUCAGCGGAGUGGUCAGUGUGGCUGCGGCGGGGCUGGACAGAGAGGCAUACCCUGAGUAUAAGCUGGUUAUUCAGGUAGCAGAUAUGGAAGGGACUGGUCUUUCAAAUACCUGCACAGCUAUUGUCACGGUGACAGAUAGCAAUGACAACGCUCCUCAGUUUGUCGACAGCACUUACUCCGGCUCAGUGCGCGAGAAUGAAAAAGGUGAGGCGGUGGUGAAAAUGACGGUCACAGACGAGGACGAGCCCCACACACCGGCCUGGUCCACGAAAUACACCAUCAUCAGAGGAAACGAGGGAGGACUCUUCAGUGUCCAUACUGGUCCAGGCAAGAUGGAAGGCCUUAUCACUACAGCCAAGGGCCUGGACUUUGAGAAUAAAAAGAAGCACACCUUGUUGGUCACUGUGGAGAAUGAGGCUCCUUUCGCAGCCCGUCUGCCGACCUCCACAGCCACAGUCGUCGUGAACGUGGAGGACGUGAACGAGCCUCCGGUCUUCACGCCUGCUGAGAAAGUCAUUAAAGUGCCGGAAGAUUCCACAGUAGGCAGUGAUCUGACUGAGUACGCAGCAAAAGACCCUGACUCUGCCAUGAAACAGACUGUCAGGUUUCAAAUCGAGGAUGAUCCUGCAAGAUGGCUGACUAUCAACAAAGGGACCGGGCUCAUACGCGUCAAGCGCCCCAUGGACCGGGAAUCCUCCUUCGUCAAGGACGGAAAAUACAAAGCGACCAUCCUAGCGUAUGACGAUGACGUGGUUCCAGCCACGGGUACCGGCACCCUGAUUAUAGACCUGGACGACGUGAAUGACAACUCGCCUCUCGUUGACCAGCGAGAGGUGAGCAUCUGCAACGAGCAGCCGGACCCCGCCCGCUUGAGCGUCAUCGACGCGGACGGGCCUGGGAACGCUGGGCCUUUCGACGUGGAACUGCUCGGCGAAUCCAGGAACAACUGGACCGCCAGAGUGAAUUCGACGAGUGGCAGUGUGAUUGAUCUGAUGCUGAAGAGGAAGCUGGAUCCUGGUGAAUACCAUGUGGUGCUGAGGAUCUACGAUGCAGGAAUGCACUUUCAGGACAGCACGGUUUCCGCUGAAGUCUGUCAAUGCAAGGGGAGCGUUUCCACCUGUGUCCGUCACCCGCCGAGUCCUCACACUGGUGGUCCGCUCUCCAUCGGCGUGUUAGGCGCUAUCCUCGGUCUCUUGCUGCUGGUGCUGCUACUCCUCAUGUUCUUGAGGAGAAGGAGCAGACCGAUGAAGGAGGAGCCUCUCCUCCACGAUAACGUUCGGGACAACCUGCACUACUACGACGAGGAGGGCGGGGGCGAGGAGGACCAGGAGUACGACCUGAGCCAGCUGCACAGAGGCCUGGAUAACCGGCCCGGUGUCUUCCGGAACGACGUGGCCCCCACACUUGUGCCAGUGCCGCUGUACCGGCCACGGCCCGAGGAGAACGAGGAGAUCGGAAACUUCAUCGAAGACAAUCUGAAGGCCGCGGACGGAGACCCCACCGCCCCGCCGUACGACUCCCUCCUGGUGUUCGACUACGAAGGAGGCGGCUCUGAGGCCGGCUCCCUCAGCUCCCUCAACUCCUCCAGCUCGGGGGAGGACCAGGACUACGACUGCCUGGCCGAGUGGGGGCCGCGCUUCAAGAAACUGGCGGACAUGUACUGCAGCGGGGAGCACUGUGACUCUGAAACGCUGCCCAGUAAAGUAGUGUGGGUGUGAAGGACUUACCACGCCCCCCUGGCCGUGUUCCGUCACGAGGUCGCUGCGUCGACGGCAGCAGCGGGGAAUGUCGGCCCGCUCUUCAAGGAGCUUAAGACGGGCGCCUCAAAAAAGUUUCUUAUUUCGUAAUUAAAAAAAAAUUAGCAUUACAUUUUUUUAAUACACAUAUUAUACCGAAAACACAUUUUUCAUUCUGCAAUGCCUCCAUGAAAAUAAAUAAACAUAUAAGCCCUUCAGUCAUUCAUUCUUUCGCUCGGCUGUGGCAAUGAUGAAAAGCAAUCUUCCUUUUAUGAGACUUUUUUGGAACUAUAAAUCCCCCUGGAAAGGCAUUUUAAAGGAUACGUAUCAUUGUAUCAUAAAUUAUGAAUGUAUACACAUACAAAAAAGCCCCACAUGAAAAUGUUAUAGCCCACACCUAUACACAGAAUCUUCUUAUACAUUACACAGACUACAGCUGUAUGUUCUCUCCAAGCAGGUCAUUUUUUCAUACCUUUCAUCCCUUUUGCUUUUAAAUAUUGCUUACAGAGACAGAAAAUGUCUUUGUAAUGGAGGCA